GGGAGGGCGGUCAGCAACUUUGACGCACUGUUACUGUUAUCCGAGUAGUUAAACCGCAAUAGAGGAUUGGCUAAUGGAAAUAAAAUAAUCUUUGCUCUGGUCACUAGGGGGAGCUCGCUGAAGAAAACAGUUUAUCUCUCUCGGCUUUAUGGCUGCAGCGUUUCCCUUAUCACGUGAGCAGCAUGUCACGUGAGCUGCCAUAGGUCUAUCGGUGUGGGUUUGAGAUUGUCUGAAGGGAUAGUCGGGGAAGAUGGCAGCUGUUAGGUCCGGCCAUUCUUUCUCCUCAUCUACCGCCUUAAGUAGUGACAGGACCAGUUACUUGGGAGCCCGGAUUCCCCCUGAGGUGGAGGCUAUGGCAAAAUAUAUGAAAGACCUGGACAAAGAUAUAUUUAGGAAAAUUCUUAAAGCUGUGGUAGGAGCCUUGGAGGGAAAGGACAGCCGAGAAUCUGUACAAUUGAUAUUGGAAAAUACAUUAAUGUCAGAAGAGAAGCUAAGUUUUCUUAUUUCUGGGGCAUACACCCUGUUGAAAGUGGCCCUAAGGCUUCCUGUAUCAACACUUAAACAGGAGGUAUUUAAGGAAGACUUAAAAGAGCUCAGGAUCCCAGAGGAUUUUAUAGAAGAUUUUUCCAACAUAGUGUAUGGAAACAGGCGACCAAUUCUUGAGAAUGCGGCAUUGAAGGAUGGUGUCAGAUUGCCAAUGUUAGAGGAUGUCCGAUGGAGAGUAGAUGUGGCGAUUUCUACAAGCUCACUCUCCCGAGCCUUGCAGCCUUCUAUUUUAAUGCAACUAAAACUUUCUGACGGAACUUCUCAUCGCUUUGAGGUUCCAGUAGCCAAGUUCCAGGAACUAAGAUAUAAUGUAGCCCUAAUACUGAAAGAGAUGAAUGAUUUGGAGAAAAGAAGUAUUCUCAGAAUUCAGGACUGAUUCUUCCUGUCUGGUGUGGAUUCCUAGCUUUGCCAGAGUCAUUCUAACAAAUAUCUUCUGCCAAUCUGUAAUAUUUAUAUACAUUUCAUGUAAAUAAAGAUGUUUUCCCCAUUUU